AUGAAUGGUUACAACGAAUGGUUACAACAAUGGUUACAACGAAUGGUUACAACAAUGGUUACAACGAAUGGUUACAACGAAUGGUUACAACGAAUGGUUACAACGAGUGGUUUUCAACCAACGAAUGGUUACAACGAACGGUUUCAACGAAUGGUUUCAACGAAUGGUUUCAACGAAUGGUUUCAAAAAGUGGUUUCAAAGAGUGGUUUCAAAGAGUGGUUUCAACGAAUGUGUUUCAACGAAUGGUUACAACAGCUAAUGAU